AUAGAGCCCAAACCUAAGUAUUUAAGCACAAUAUAAUAUUCAUCAUCUUCCUAAUACACGAAGUUUCUACACUCCUCUCAUGGACAACCUGACAAGUGUGACAACCAUCAACUUUCUUUUUCUCUCCUAAAACCUCCCCAUUUCCUAAGAACUUUCCAGAAUAAUCCAGGGCUUACCUUCUUCUUCCUCUAGACUCAAUUCCCCCAUUUUUAUUAAAUCUCGAAAAAACCCUUAUACCCCAUCAACAUCAACUUAACAAUCAUCAAGAAUCUCUGUUUUUUUUUUCUCACAGGCAUUUCAUCAAACACUCAGUGUGCAUCAAUGGCGGACAACGGCGUUGUAGUGCUUUACGAUGGAACCAUUGUCACCACCGACACCAACAAAAACCCAAAUCCAUUUUCGAUCAAAGUCGGCUUAGCCCAGAUGCUUCGCGGCGGCGCAAUCGUCGAAGUCUCCGAUCCAAGGCAAGCUAAAAUCGCUGAAAGUGCAGGCGCUUGCUGCAUUUCUGUCGCCGGAGAUCAAAAGGGUAUCGGAAGAAUGGCAGACCCAUCAAUCAUCAAAGAGAUAAAACGCACCGUUUCGAUUCCCGUCAUCGCUAAAUCUCGGGUCGGGCAUUUUGUCGAAGCCCAGAUUCUUGAAUCAAUUGGAUCCGAUUACAUCGAUGAAAACGAGCUUUUAUCGAUUGCAGAUGAAGAUCAUUUCAUCAACAAACACAAUUUUCGGGUCCCAUUUGUUUGUGGGUCGAGAGAUUUUGGUGAAGCCUUGAGGAGAAUUCGAGAAGGUUCUGCUAUGAUUCGGACUCAAGGGGAUUUAUCUGGGUCGGGUAAUAUUGCGCAAACUGUAAGAAAUGUUAGGCAAAUAAUGGGUAAUAUUAGGGUGUUGAAUAAUAUGGAUGAUGAUGAAGUUUUCACUUUUGCUAAGAAAAUUGGGGCACCUUAUGAUUUGGUUGCGCAAACUAAGCAAAUGGGUCGGCUUCCGGUUGUUCAUUUCGCCUCCGGUGGAAUUGUUACUCCUGCUGAUGCUGCCCUGAUGAUGCAAUUGGGGUGUGAUGGGGUGUUCAUUGGGGGUGAGGUUUUCGAUGGGGCGGACCCGUUUAAACGAGUUCGGGCGAUUGUGGAGGCGGUCAGGAACUAUAAUGAUCCAGCUGUGUUGGCCGAGGCGUGUACCGGGUUGAGUGGUGCAAUGGCGAGGAUGAAUAUCAAUGAUGAUAACAGGGUGGUUGAAGUUUGAAAGAAUGGAAGGUAUCUUGUUCUGACUUUAUUGAUGAAGAGAUGAGAAAUGUUAUGCUAGAAUUCAUAGACGUUGAUCUUGUUGACUUGUUUGAUGUUGUUAUAGAAAAAUAUGUGGUUUCAUGAGGCAUGAAUCAUAUUGUAGUCGUGUUGUGUACUUGGUUUUGUACUUGAAGACUGUUGUAAUAUGAGGAAAUAUAGAGAUAUGGAUGAAUAAAAUAGUUACUCUUUCUGUAUGUUGUCGUCUUUGUCUUUGUUCUUGUUCAAUUGUCUUUUGCUGAAACUUAUAUUACUUACUCAGAAA